AUGACGAUCGACAUCAACCUGCUACGAGAGGAGAAGGGUGGUUGUCCAGCUAAAGUGGCUGAAAGCGAGAAACGGAGAGGCCGGGAUCCCGCAAUUGUUGAUGAGCUGGUGGCAGCAGACAAACGAUGGCGCGAGGCCACGUAUAAUAUGGAGCAGGGGAGAAAGGACUUGAACGCGGUGAACAAAGAGAUAGGCCAGCGUAAGAAAGCUGAUCCAAAAUCCCCCUGCGAUGAUCUUGUAUCGAAAACAGCAGCCAUCAAGCAAAAGCUGCAAAGCCUUGAGGCUCAGGCAGCAGAAGCAGCACAAACACGAGACAGACUGCUACGAGGCAUUGGAAACAUAGUGCAUGACUCUGUGCCUGUAAGCAACGAUGAAGCAAACAACCGAGUUGUUAAGACGUGGGGGACCCCCAAUAAAGUUGAAAUAGAUGGAACACCAGGCCGCAUGCACCACCACGAGGUACUCGCGAGGCUGCAGGGCGUUGAUUUCAAGAAGGGGGUAGAGGUUGCAGGCCACCGCGGGUAUUACCUGAAGGGGCCCGCGGUGAUGCUUAACUAUGCUUUGAUUCAAUACGGCCUCAACUUCCUCAUGCAGCGGGGGUAUCUGCCUAUACAGCCGCCGUAUUUUCUCAAGAAAUCUAUCAUGGCUGCAGCAGCAGAACUGAAAGAUUUCGAAGAAACCCUCUAUCGCAUACCCCACGACAACACCCAGCAGCAGCAGCAGCAGCAGCAGCAGCAGCAACCAAAACAGCAGCAGCAGCAGCAGCAAGAUGGCGACAAGGAUGAUUUAUUUAUGAUAGCAACUAGCGAGCAACCUCUAUGUGCUUUACAUAUGCAUGAGAGGCUGGAGGAGAAGCAGCUCCCAAUAAAGUGCACUCAAUGA